AUGGCAGUUCAUUAUUUAGAAGAGAGUCGUAGUACGACGGAUAUUAAAAAAAGAAAGAUAGAAGGUAAAGAAAGUAUAGACAAGAUGUUUUUGAGCAUAAAGAAUGAAGAAUUUAGGGUUUCAGAGAGUGGAACAGUGAUUAACGGGCGUAGUGGGCUCGUUACACCUUCGAAGAGUAACGAUGAGAAGGUGCGCGAGAUUUCGGGGGUCGGAGAUGGAUCUGAGAUGGACACCCGAGAAGACGAAUGUCCAUGUGGAUAUUUUCAUGGGCCAGGUGAAAGUGGACAUCAUGAUAUAAGGGCUGUUGGGUUUACCAGUCAGCCGUUACUUCGGGGACCUGAUUAG